AUGCUUAUAAAAGUAUUUAAUGUUGAAUUUUAAAUCAUUUAAUUCGUUUUAGUAAAUUAUUUAAGGCUGAUGUCAUAUCCUGUUAAAAACUCUGAUGUCGAAGGACAACAUCUUCUUAUUUCUGUAGCAUUUGCUUAACUAAGCAAAAUUAGACUUAUAUUGGCCAUUCUGCUCUCCUUAAUAACUGCUUUUCUAUUUGCGUUGGCCUUAAAAUAUUCGAAUAAACUAUAUACUAAUUUCCUAUUUAUUUAAGUCGACGAUGAAGUUUCAGCGACACAUUACCUGAUUACAACUUCAAAAAAUGAGUAAUUUGUAUGUCCAAAACAUUUAAUCAAAGAAAAAUCCUAUUUUACAUUUAGAAUGUUGGUAUAUGGUUUCAAUUCUUAAAUCUAAAGUUUUGAGCCUAUAGAGUUUGAGUGUAAAGGUAGAAUCAUAUCUGAAAUGAUUAAACUUCGAAAUAAAUAAGACAGGAAUGUAAAACGUGAAUAUUUUGGUUAUUGUUCUAUACAAAUACCAAUAGAUUCUAUUUUAGUCUAUUCGUUUAAUGCCUUCACAGGGGCUUUCAAUUUAUUGCAAUAUUUUGCAGUUGCUAUAUGGAUUGCUGAAAACAUUAUUUUACCAUCAAUAUUGAUUCUCAUUUUUACUUUGUUGUCAGUUUACAUUAACUAUUUUUUAUAUGUUCGAUCUAGAAAACGAUUAUAACAAUUGGCAAAUUAUGAGUAGAAUGUUGAAAUUUAUGAUAGAGAUAAAUUAAAAUUAAAUCAAAUUUAUCAGAAAGUACCAAGUAGUUGGUUAUUGCCAGGGGAUUUAUUGGUUUUGAAAGAGAAUCAGGUUUUAAAUUGUGACUGUGCAAUAAUUGAAGGUGAUGUUUUAGUGAAUGAAGCAACGUUAACAGGAGAGGACAUUCCCAUUCCUAAAUGUGCUUUUCAGAAUUAAAAUGUCGAAUUUUCAUUUGAAAAAAUGAAUUAAAAUUGUUUAUUUGAAGGUACAAAGCUAAUUCAAGUCAAUCGUGGUGUUGCUAUAGUAUUAAGAACAGGAUUUAGUACUUUGAGGGGAUAAUAUUUUAGAAAUGUACUUUAUCCACAUCCGCAGUCAAUGAAGUUUUAUAUUUAAGCAGCAAAAUUUCUUUUAGGAAAUGGUUUGAUCAUGGCAGCAAUUUUUGGAUUCUUUUUAAUCAGCUAUAUUCCUAUGGAUUUUGAACCAAGUAUAUUAGUCUUAAGAUUUUUGGAUAAUAUAGUUUGGUCUAUACCUCCUUCUAUGCCUAUUUUUUUUUAGGUAUGCAAGACUUUUAGUUUAGUAAAAUUGGAGAAAAAAGGAAUAAUUGGAAAUAAUGCAGAGAAAAUAGAGUCAGCUGGAAUAAUAGACACAUGUUGUUUUGAUAAAACUGGUACAUUAACAACUUUAGGAUUCAAAGUUGUCAAAGCUAUUCCUCAAGAAGAAUAACCAAUAUUGAACGCUAUUAUGGGUUGUUGUCAUCAUUUAUUAAAAGUUAAUGGGAAUAUAAUUGGAGAUCCAUUAGAAAUUGAGAUGCUCAGAUUUGUAGGCUGGUAAUGUGAUUUCGAUAAAUAACGUACUAUUAUCAAUGGAAAUAAUAAAUAGUUUGUGAUACAUAAGAUAUUUGAUUUCAAUACUUAAAAUUUUAUGAUGAGCGUUAUUGUUUCAGUCGAUCAGAAAUACUUCUUAUAUACAAAAGGUACUCCUGAGUCGAUCAAUUAGAUUGCUCUAAGUAAAAGGGAUGAUUUAAUUAAUGAGUUUAAUAUUAAUGCCACUAAAGGUUAUAGAAUCUUGGGAUUAGCUUAUAGGGAACUUCAAAGUAAUCAAAUCGACCUAACAAGGGAAUAGUUAGAGUAAUCACUUAAUUUUGUAGGCUUAUUAUUAAUGGAAAACCCAUUAAAAUAAGACACUGCAGAUGUAAUAGCAGCUUUAAAGAAGAGUGGGCUUGAUAUUAAAGUAAUAUCAGGGGAUAAUCCAUUAACCACAAUUUAAUGCAGCAAGAUGGCUUAGAUAUUAACUGCUGAUCAAGAUAUUUCAUUUAUAGAUUAUAAUGAAUAAGAUUAAUCAGUUACAAUUUAAUCCAACAAUGAUAAGAAGGUCAUACAAAUUUAAUAAUAAAAUAUUUUCAAUUAAUUAGACACAAUAAUUGAUGAUAAGUCUGAACUGGCAAUAACUGGUAAAUUUUUAGAUUACGUGAUUACUCAGGGUAAUUUAAAAGAUAUUAAUGAUUUAAAUGAUAAUUAAUUAGCUAAAGCAAGCGGUAAGAAUAUGGUAUUUACAGAAAUUGCUUAAAUAGACACAGAAGAUGUAAACGUUAAGAAAUUUCUAUUUAAUCUUAUAAAAAAAACAAAAGUAUUCGCUAGACAGAAACCAGAAUAAAAGAAGCAUGUAAUUUAGGUUCUGUAAAGUCUUGGUAAACAAGUAUUAAUGUGUGGAGAUGGAGCUAAUGAUUGUUCUGCAAUUUCGUAAGCCUAAGUGGGUAUAUCAUUCAAUGAAGCAGAUGCCUCUUAUACAGCACCAUUUAUUAGUAGAUCCAAUUCAAUUGAUUGCGUUAUUAAGAUACUUUAAUAGGGUAAGGUAUCAAAAAGAAAUUUCAUUGAAGUUUUUCAGUAUUUGAUUAGUGUUAAUGUAAUCAAAUUUAUUGCUAUUCUAAUUACAUUUCUCGAAGCUGAAACUUUUGCUGACAUUUAAUUCACAUACACUAGUUUAAUCGCAAUAAUUCCUUUACUGACCUUUUUAUGCAUGUCAGGACCUUGUGAUACCUUAGCAGAUCAAAAUCCUAUAGAUGACUAAUUUGCUUUAAGAAAUCAAUUGUAAAUUUAUAAUAAUCUCUUUUGGGCAUCAGUAGGCUUAAUUAUUAAUUAUUUCCUCUCUUAGUAAGCACGUGAUGUUCACACUUGUUAAUUCAAAGAACCUAUUGAUAAUUGUAUUCCAAAACCAAUUAAUAGUUUAAAGUAAUCAGGUGAUAUUCAAUCCAUAAUGUUCUUGAGUAUUAUCUUUUACUUUAUGACCUUCGCUAUUAAUCUCUAUGUGUCAAGUCCAUUUAAACUUAGAUACUAUUAAAAUAAGCUAUUAUUAGUAUGGACUAUUAUUGGUUUUGUGAUAUUUUUUUUGGCUGCAAUUUUCCCUAAUUAAGGUGGAAAAUGGUUAAAAGUGAUAGAUAUUAACGAUAAUACCUAUAAAGGAUUUAAUUGGAUUAUGAUUGCAGUUGUAAUAGGGACAGCAACGGUUGGAUUUAUUACAUAAAGACUCCUGACUAAAUUUUAUCCUUCAUAAUAAAGAAUAUGA